AUGGACGACCGUGUAAAGGAGGCGCCGUAUUGCCUCGUAUGUCGCUGCUCGAGCGACGGCAAGUGGCGCAAGCACCUUUUCACUCGCAAACACCAACAGGCCACGCACCAGUUUCUCGACCGGCAAGCAAAUCGAGUGGCGGCGCUCGUGGGUGGCGAUUGUGCGCUGCCAGUUGCCUCGUGGACUGCGUGGCGCUGUGUGUUUUGCGCCUCUUCGAUACGUAGAGGCGACGCGUUGAUCCACGUCGGGAGCCAUUCGCACCGGAAACGAGUGGUGGACUUUUGUCGACAGUAUCGCUGCGAUGGAGACCGGAAGAUGCGGCGCAAGCUUUGGCAUCAGAUGACGCCGCAACGUCGCGAGGUGGAGCCAAAAGUGUGCGACACAAGUAAACCAGAUGAUCAUGUGCAACAGGAGAAGAAGGAGCAGUGCCAGGUCGAGGACACAACCAGUGGGCGCAUCGCAGCGUUCUUAUCGUCUGCAACAUCGAGACUGCAAGAGGUGGAGACCGAGAGAAGGAGGAGAAAUGUGGACGGAAGUCGAGCUGUCCCUUCACUUGCUGCUAGUGCAGCCCCUGCAGCACAUCAGAAACUCCAUGAAGUUGUAUCGGGUCCAUUGGAGGGGGCAGUGGUGACUCGGAAAUUAUAA